GGAUAUGAUCGGAGGAUUAGGUCAUUUGAGAAAACGGCAAUCUUUAUGGCUGAAACAACACUGGAAGCAGGCUGAUAAAGAUGGAGAUUCAAGAUUAGGUUUCGAUGAUGUCACAAGGUUAUGCCGUCAUUUGAAUAUAAACAUGUCAAAGGCGCUGCUUAGGACCAAAUUUAAUGAAGCAGAUGGAAAUAUGGAUGGUUGGCUUGAUUUUACUGAUUUUCAGCGAUUUGUUAAGUUAAUUAAGAAAAGAGUUGAACUGGAUGAACUAUUCAAUUCUCUGGCGAAAGAGCGCGAAAAUACUUUAACACUUCGUGAAUUCAAAGACUUCCUCGUCGAUGUUCAAAAGUGCGUCUUGAAAGAGGAGGAAUAUGAUAAUUUGUAUUAUAAAUUUUGUGAUAAAGACCUUAAAGAGAUGAAUUUAGAGGGAUUUAGUAGUUUCCUCAUGUCUAGCGACAACGCCGUUUUUGCUUCAGAACACGCCAAAAUUUAUCAAGACAUGUCACAGCCACUAAGACAUCAACUGACAGGUGAAUCUUCAGUUGAAGGAUACAUACGCGCGUUACAAAGAGGAUGUCGUUGUGUUGAAAUUGAUUGCUGGGACGGACCUGAUGGUCCCAUAGUUACUCAUGGUCAUACAUUGACGUCUAAAAUCAAGUUUCAAGACGUUAUUUCAGCAAUCCGUACCUACGCAUUCAAAGCCAGUGCAUACCCACUAAUAUUAUCACUUGAGGUUCAUUGUAAUAUUAACCAACAAAAUCAAAUGGCUUCUAUUUUAUUUAACACACUGGGUGAAUAUCUCGUCACUAAGUUCAUAUCAGAAAACGAAACCGAAUUACCGAGUCCUGCAAGCUUGUUAUAUAAAAUAAUAUUAAAAGGGAAAAAUCUUCCUCCUAAUUUAUCAGAAGACUAUAUCGACUCGACCACAGAUACUGAAUCUACUACUGAUACUGAGUCAGAUGUUGAAUCAUCUAAAGAAAAAGAAAAAAAGGCUAAACCUAAGAAGACUAAAUUACGAAUUGCAAAAGCCCUUUCAGACUUGGUAGUCUACUGCUCUGCUGUUAAGUUUAAAGGAUUUGAUCAUCAUCGCG